AUGAAGUCUUUCUGGCUUGCCUCCCUGGCCGUCUGGUCCCUAACUCAGAUUGACGGUCACGAUUCGACAGACUUGCAGCUGGCACUCCUGGAGCGUGCAGAGAGCACUCGGAGCUUAGAUGCGCGGGCUUCCUCGAAUUUCUCGGAGGAGGCUUUGGAUGCCGUGGUCUCGGCGAAAGCCUUGGAAGUUGUCGGCGACGCCUUCAGCGAUGCAGGCAAUGCUUUGGGUGGCGUGGUCGAGACGGCUGGCAAUGCUAUUGCCACAGCCGCUGUUCAGACCGUGAAUACCCUUGCGGAAGCAGGCAUGACGCUUGGCAGCGCGGUGGCCAAUGCGGCCGUUGUGGUCGGGAAACAUAUUGUCAAAGCGGCAGAAACCCAACUUGCAGCCCUUCCAGAUGCCAUCAAGGAUGUGGCCGAGGAUAUUGGGAAAGCAGCGGUGCAGGUUGGAAGCGUGGUGGCGGAUGUGGGGGAGCUUGCUGCGGAUGCCAGUCUUCACUUAGCAGGGGACAUCCUUCAAAGGGCCCAGAGUUCCAUCCAACAAGGAGUGAAGCUGGCCGAGAAAGUGGGGAAGUUCAUUGCAGAUAAAGCAAUAGCUUUGGGGGGCGAAGUUGCCAAGUUGGGCCCUUUGGUUGCAGGAUUGGCAGAAGCUGCUUGGAACGAGAUCAAGGGCUUCUUGAGCUGCUUCACUGAGUCCUUGACCUUGUGCCAUGUUCUCCUUGGUGGCCAGUGCGAUUGCAACGCUGGUUCCCACGUUACUCCCUCCGCCUCCGGGUUCUCCAUGAGAUGUGUCUUUGAUUCAUCCUCAGACUUUGCCUCGGGCUUCGGGAUCCGGGCCGUGCCUGCCCAGAAAUUUCCCGGAAGAACUGCCAAGGGCACUGUGAUUUUACCAGGAGACGAGUACGUGCAGGCCUACAAGAUGGCAGGGCAAAUCAUGAGGUCCCGCCAAGCCCUGAAGGAAAGGAAGGCCAAAGCGCCCAUAGGCUCCUGUGAAAGUGCCCUAGACCUGGCCUUUGAGGGUGCGGCCCAGUUCGCACCGGACAUCUCCAUCAGCAUGAGCUUCGAUGGCGACACGGAGAUUAGCAUCAAGGGCCUCAUCCGUGCCUCCAUCGAUGCCUUGGUCUCUGCACAGGGCUCUUGCGCCUUCCACGCCGAGAAGGGGAUUCCCAGACUUCCCAAGAGCAAGGUGAUCUGCGGGGCCUACUUCUGCUUGGCCAUCAUGCUCCAAGUCGUCGCGGAGCUGGACAUCAAAGGCGUGCUCACGGGCACGCUCGAGAUCUCGGCUGAUGUGGACUUUGAGAUUGAGGGUACUGUGACGGUCAAUCCUUUGGGCGAGGCCAAUGCAAAUUUCCGGAACCCCUCGAUCAAGCACCAGGACGGCUUUGCCAUUGGCGCCAGUGCAUCCUCGUCUGUGCGGGUGGGGAUGGGCCCGGUCCUCACAGUGUGGCCGGUUCCAGGAAUUCCCAUCAACUUCCACGCCAUGAUCAAUGCCGAAGCCAAAGCUAUGGGCACUUUGAGCUUCAGCUCGGGCAUGUUCUUGCUCCAAGAGGAGUCCCACCAUGCGACAGGCACGGAGAUGAAUGCAAAUUCAACGAGGUCCAAUGAGAUCGGAAUGUGCGGCGCAGCAGCAUUGAGCACCUAUGCUGACGUAGACAUCACAAGCUUCGCGCUUCCGUCCUCCUUCAGGGCCGCGAUCUCUACUUCAUUCUUGAUGGAACAAAUUACGGCCGCUGUCAUUGCUGGUGCCACAGCAAUGACUAGACUGGUCACAGGUGCAAUGGCCUGCGUCCCAGGUGGGGAUGCAGUCGAGAACACCAUCAUGUCGGCUGCCAACACUGCGGCCUCCGCAAUCGCGGGCCUGAUCCCAGAUCUGGAUCUUGACUUCUCAGUGGAGUCCAUCCAGCUCAUGGCCCCUCAGAAGCUCUGGUGCAAGGAGGUCUUCAAGACCCCCGGCUUCGACGCUGCUCCAUGCGCAGCAGAGAUCGGUUGCAAGUUUGCCGGCAGACCACCGCCACGUGGAGUUGAGAUGGCGCCUCCAGAGCAGGUCACAAACCAUGUCGAAACGACUGGGGCGGCAGCAGCCUGCCAUGAUAUUCCGAUGGGCGAUCGGUUCAUUCAGAUUGGGCGCUUUCGCUUGGCGGACAUUGAUGGCAACCACUUCUCGAUCUCGCACGAGGAUGGCCAGACGGCGCAGAUCUUCAGGAACGACGGCACCUUGCACGGCGGGCCGAGGACCGACUAUAGCUCCUGGACGAGGGAGAUUGGAGCCUCAAAAGGCAUCCAUUUUGGUUUCCAAUACAUCCAGAUUGGGAACUUCCGUCUGGGUGCUUACGACGACACGCAUUUGUCGAUUUCGCAUAUUGAUGGCAAGACUGCCCAAGUGUUCCGAAGCGACGGUACAUUGCAUCCCGGGCCCCGGGACGACUUUUCAACUUUCGACCGUGCAGAAGGCGUGCCAGCCGGCAUCAGUUUCGGGGACAGGUUCAUUCAGUUCGGCAAGUUCCGGAUUGGAGCUUCCGACGACAACAAUCUGGUCGUGACCCACGCAGAGACCCAUGUGAUUCAGCUUUACCGCCACGACGGUACAAGGCAUAAGAACCUCCUCCAGAUCAAGCCAAAAAUGCGUCGGAAAGGGAAGAUUGGCAAGACACUUCGCAGAGCUCUCUCUGUGAACAACUUGGGCCAGAAGGUGAACGAGAGGAGCCCUGCUGCGUGGACAUGCAAGGACAUUGCCGAGAUGGCCUUCGGGGUUUGCGAUCCAGAUUUUGGAGCUUGGGGAGAUCGCUUUAUCCAGCUUGGCGAGUGGCGGCUGGCGGCGAUCGACGACACUCAUUUCUCCAUUUCGCACAAAGACGGCAAGACUGCCCAAAUCUAUCGCAGCGAUGGCUCCUUGCAUCCUGGACCACGUACGGAUUUCGGGGCCUGGCACAGAGCGCUCGGCUUUCCCUUUGGCAUCACCUUUGGGCCCGGCUUCAUCCAGAUCGGCAAGUUCCGACUGGGAGCAGCCAAUGACGAGCACUUCUCCAUCUCCCACCGCGAUGGCAACACCAUACAGAUCUUCCGCGAUGACGGAACCCGCCACACUGGACCGAGGCAAGAUUGGAGCUUGUGGGGAAUUACUGCUGGACCAGCAUCUGGCGUCACAUUCGGGGACAGGUUCCUGCAGCUUGGGAAGUUCCGGAUCGGAGAUGUGGAUGGCAGGCACUUCGUGGUCACCCACCUCAAGACCGGAAAUCUGCUUCAGCUCUACAAAGACGACGGCACGCUUGACCCGCAUGCCUCGGCGUCUUGGGCCGGGAAGCUUAACAAUCGCUAUGCCCAGUUCCACUGUGGCGGCAUCCAGACAAUUCUUGGCACCUGUCCCGGCAUCACAACGGGAGACCGAUUCAUGCAGUUGGGCGAUUGGCGCCUUGCUGCCAUGGACAGCAACCACUUCAGCAUCUCGCAUCGCAACCAUGAAACAGCCAUGAUUUACAAAUCCGAUGGGACACGUCACGCAGGGCCGCGCCAGGACUGGGGUGGUUGGGACCGUGAGGCAAAGAAAGUCACAACGCCUGGUGUCUCCCUGCUGCAGUGGAUUGGAAGACGGCGGCGGCUGCCCAAAGUUAACUUUCCUCAACCCCGACAUGAAAGGAUCAAGUUUGGAGAUCGCUUCAUUCAAUUCGGCGAGUUCCGAAUUGGUGAAGCAGAUGAGUCCCAUUUCUCCAUUUCACACAAGGGAGCCAACAACGCGGACGCCCAAACCAUUCAGAUCUUCCGUUCUGAUGGCACCUUGCACCCUGGUCCUCGCACGGACUUUGGCUUAUGGGAUCGUGAUACGGGUGCAGCCCAGGGAGUUACGUUUGGAGAUCGCUUUGUGCAGAUCGGCAACUUCCGAAUUGGAGACGUGGACUCCAGUCAUUUAUCAGUGUCACAUGUGCAGGGGCAGACCAUCCAAAUCCUCCGGUCAGACGGGACGACGCAUUCGGGCCCCCGCACAGAUUGGACGACAUUCGGGCGUCAGCUCGUGGAUUGCACGGUCGAGUAA